CAGCUCAACGUGAAUCAAAAUGGCGUUAUUUCCGAAAAAGAGGUUGGAGCAGUUUCUAGUUAAAUAGUUAAAUGAAAAUAUGGAUAUAAAUCCUGCGAAAUUAUUCUGGCCAGAUAUAUUUUUGAAAAUAUUAGCACAAUUUGUUUUAUUUGCAUACGUUUUCGUGCAGCUUUGAUUGGGAUACAAUAUCGCAACAACACGGCAGCCAUGGCGGAGGAGCGACGGCCAAAGCAGUGCACUGUGGUCGUGCCCACGGAAUCAAUGAAGGCCAUGGCAGAGUCUAUAGGUGUAGGCCAGCUGCAAGAGGAGAGUUGCGUUGCCCUCAGUGACGAGGUCAGCUACAGAAUUAAAGAAAUUGCCCAGGAUGCUCUUAAGUUCAUGCACCAUGGAAAGCGGCGCAAAUUAACAACCAGUGACAUCGAUAACGCGCUCAAGCUAAAAAAUGUAGAGCCCUUGUACGGCUUCCAGUCCCAGGAUUUCAUCCCCUUCCGCUUCGCCAGCGGUGGCGGCAGGGAGCUUCACUUCUACGAAGAGAAAGAAGUGGACCUGAGUGACAUCAUCAACACGCCCCUGCCCCGUGUGCCCCUAGACGUUUCCCUCAAAGCCCAUUGGUUAAGCAUUGACGGUGUGCAGCCUGCGAUACCUGAAAAUCCACCGCCAGCUCCUAAAGAGCAGCAAAAGGCUGAAUCCACAGAGCCUCUGAAAGUGGUCAAGCCUGGCCAAGAGGAGGAUGGCAUACAGAACAAGACCCAGGGCGCAACUUCCGCAGAGAGCAAAGGAAAGGAUAAGGGUCUGAGGCUGAAGCCGCGCAGCACCCACGAGCUCUCUGUGGAGCAGCAGCUGUACUACAAGGAGAUCACAGAGGCCUGCGUGGGCUCCUGCGAAGCCAAGAGAGCCGAGGCACUGCAGAGUAUAGCAACAGACCCUGGGCUCUACCAGAUGCUCCCCAGGUUCAGCACGUUCAUCUCUGAGGGGGUGCGUGUGAAUGUGGUGCAGAACAACCUGGCUCUGCUCAUCUAUCUGAUGCGGAUGGUGAAGGCUCUGAUGGACAACCCCACCCUCUACCUGGAGAAAUACCUGCACGAGCUCAUCCCGGCCGUGGUGACCUGUAUCGUGAGCAAGCAGCUGUGCUUGCGGCCGGAUGUGGACAACCACUGGGCCCUGCGCGACUUUGCUGCCCGCCUCAUGGCCCAGAGCUGCAAGACCUUCAGCACCACCACCAACAACAUCCAGUCCCGCAUCACCAAGACAUUCACUAAAAGCUGGCUGGACGAGAAGACCCAGUGGACCACUCGCUACGGCUGCAUCGCAGGGCUGUCCGAGCUUGGCGCCGACGUGAUAAAGACUCUGAUUCUCCCCCGACUGACCAUCGAGGGGGCUCGCAUCAGAGCCGUGAUGGACGGGCCCGUGGUCUCCAACAUCGAUAAGAUCGGCGCGGACCACGUCCAGAGCCUCUUGUUGAAACACUGUGCCAGUGUCAUCGCCAAGACGCGGAACCCUCCGGACAACGUGGAGCAGUACCGGCUGGACUACGGCUACCUGGGUCCCAUGCUCUGCUCCCACGUGGUCAAGGCCCGCACCCAGGCCGCGCUGCAGGCCCAGCAGGUCAACAGAACUACCUUAACAAUAACACAGCCUCGCCCCACCCUCACAGUCUCCCAGAGCAGCCUCGGGGGCUCCGGGGGGCCUCGGACCCCCAGCAUCAUCAAGGUGCCCAGCUCCCUCACCCUGAUGUCCCCCCGCCCGGGGACGCCCACUCAGCCCUCUCCGCCAGCCACCAAGUACAUCGUCAUGGCAACCAGCUCGGGAGCGUCGUCGACCCAACAGGUGAUCACGCUGAGCUCCUCCCAGUCGGGCGGCACCAGCACGGUGCAGAGCGCCACCUCGGGCCUGCAGCCCCUGGUGAAGCUGGAGUCCGGGGGCGGGCCGGGGCUGACGGCGUCGCGGCCCAUGCAGAAGUACAUCGUGGUGUCCCUCCCCUCUUCGGCGUCCCUGGACGGCAAGGGCUCCGGGCUCACCGCCAUCUCCUCCUCCACGGCCCAGCUGGAGGCCGGCAUGAAGCUGGAGAGGUCCGACUCCCCCGGGGCGAGCACGCACUGAGACUAAGCCCGGACUGUACCCUCACGCACACACAUACACACACGUGCACACAAACACACAUACAUAACUCCACACACACACACAAAUUGUAAAUAACUUCAUGUUCUAUAAGAAAAAAAAAUCAGUAGGUCAAUGGGACAUUUGUAAUGGUUCGGCUGAUAUUCUGAUUUUGUUUACCUUUUUUAACUCUUAAAUAAAUCUGAUUUUGUAAGAAC